AUGAAAAGAGUUAUGCGGUUUGGUAGAAAUUGUAAGCUUAGCCCUCAUUUUAUUUUACCUUACGAGAUUUUGAGAAGAAUUGGAAAAGUGGCUUACGAGUUGAAGUUACCAUCUGAGAUGGUUAUUGUGCAUCCUGUGUUUCACAUUUUGAUGUUGAGAUCAUACAAGCCUGAUCCUUCUCAUGUCUUGAAUCACGAAGAGAUUAAAAUAAACGAAGGGUUGUCUUAUGAAGAAGAACCUGUUAAAGUCUUGGAAAGUCAUGUUAGGAGAUUGAGAACGAAAGAUGUGGCUUCGGUUAAAGUCCUGUGGCAUUGUCAUAAUACUGAAGAAGCUACUUGGGAAGCUGAGGAGGACAUAAGAAAGGGAUAUCCUCAUUUGUUCCCUAUUGUAGGCUUGAAUAAUUUGUUUGAUGUAUCGUUGUCUUAUGUUACCUUAAAGGAUAACUCACUUUGUACAAGAACUUUAGAAUUCUGUGUACAUGAGGUUUAG